AAAAUUUAAACCUAAUUGUGUUCCGUUUUCCGAAGCAUUGUUACCGCAUAGUGAGUGAUCAUGUAUUUUACUUGGAUACUCAUGAUACUAUGCGUUGAAAUAUCACAUGGACAACGAAUCCCGGAACAAAGUUCGCAAGAUCAGCAAAUGCAUCUGUAUUGCACCAACAGAGACCAGAAUUCUGUUACAAACGAUCGAAGAAUAAUUCGAGGAAAAGCUGGGCCGCCUGGUGUGGUGAAUUACAAAAUCGUAAAUGAAAGUAUACAAGAAUAUAUAAACGAUCAAAUUCAUCCGGUCGUUGAGAAAUGCAAUGAAGACAUGGCAGAGCUGAAAUUAGAAAUACAACAAAUCCGUGAGCAGAUGAAAGAGAUGAUAUCAAAAUCACGCGGAAUUGAAGCUAAUAGCGCCGAAACAUGGUACAAAGCGCGGAACAACUACCGCUAUAAACUAUUCCUCGAGAAUGUCUCGUACGACGUUGCGCAGGGAAAUUGCAUGAGAAACGGAGGUAGACUAGCGUCGGCAGGAAUUCGAGAUGAAAAUGUCCGCAGAGAAAUCUUACCCUUGGUCAAAAUUGGAGGAUCCAACACUUGGAUUGGUUUGAACGACAUUCAAGAGGAAAACACGUUUAUCUGGGAAGAUGGCGUUACGGCAACUGCAGGUUCUAUUCUCUGGGGUGAUCAUCAACCUAACAGCCAUGGCGGUAAUCAGGAUUGCGUUGAAAUGAGGGGCAGCCUUGAUUGGGAGCUAAACGAUGAAGGUUGUCACAUCAAACUAAAAUAUUUAUGCGAAAUUGAACCAUAAUUUCACAUUCACGACUAGCUAAAGACUGAUGAUGCUUGAAUCAUAAUCAACAUUAACGAUAUCUAACCAAGAUUUGUGGAUGUCAAACUUAUAUUUUAUCAAACUCAAAUUACAACGAACAAAGACAAGAAACUCUUUUUUAACGUAUUGUUUACCCAAGUGGUCAUAUUCAGAAGGUUCAAAAUAACGCGACAUUAGCGAACCCAUUCUUAAAAUCUUGCAAUAAAAGCGAACCUGUUCUUGAAAUCCCGCAACCCGUCGCUAAAAUAUCGUGCUAUUAGCGAACCCGUCUUUGAAAUAUCGUGAUAAUUAGCGGGUAACAAAUAACUGGAUGACUAUCCCAUAUCCUGGUAACCGGACGAGAGGCGAUCAAUUCGUCUUAUACGCUUUUCUCUAUCGGGGGUAAAUUGAAGAUCAUGUCCUAGAUUCCUAGAACAAUGUUUCCCAAACUUUUAGGACCGCGGACCACUAUUUGUCAAUCUUAGUUUUGACGGACCCCCACCCGAUACCCGUACCGUAUCAGUUUCUGGAUAUUCCCGAAAUUUGCGUACUAAGAUGGCGUACACCGGAACGUAGUAUGUGUGCCAGGUUAGCCCAUAUUAUUAUUCCAAUUAUCUUUAUUUCAGUUCUAGCGAACUCGUAUUUUCUGGUAGAAAUUUGUAAUCUCUGUAAGUGUAAGAGCAAAGCCAUCUUCCCGUAUGGUUCCCAUAAUGUCCAUAUCAAUUCAAAGUUGUUCACAAAAAUAGUUCGUUUGUAGAUUGUAUUUGGCUCAUAUUAUUUUUUAUGCAACGCCUAUUUGCGCCUUUGCUCCGAACAUUCCUCAUUACCCACUCAAUUUAUUACUCAAUGGACGUCUGAGAUGCCGCCACCUCUUUAUUGAACCAGUGUCCGUAAUAUUGUUUUUCUUUGAAUCACUUUCUUAUAUCUUGAUUGUAUAUAUCUGAAAUGAACCUGAUUACUGAACAGUUUGCUUUUUGUUGAUUCUAUCUAAGGCCAGGCAUUUUAAGUUUUUAUCUAUUGCUGCACAAAUCAGGACAUGGACACUGAUGUACCAGAUUGCGAUGCUUAAUAUUUGAUCGUGGAGAUAGAAAAGUCGAUACGAACUGGGAUGGAGAGUCUGGGAAA